AUGCGUCUCAACAGCUCGGCGCCCGGUCCCUGGGUCGGCCGGACCGACCACCCGUUCACGCAGCUGCCGUCGGUGCUGGAGGGGGUGCUCCUGGCUCCCGGCUUGGGCAAUGGCUCUGGCAACCUGUCGGAGUCCGUACCAGAGGCCCCCAGCAGCGACCUGGAUGUGAACACGGACAUUUACUCCAAGGUGUUGGUGACCAUUGUGUACCUGGCGCUCUUCGUGGUGGGCACGGUGGGCAACUCAGUGACUGCCUUCACGCUGGCGCGCAAGAAGUCGCUGCAGAACCUGCAGAGCACGGUGCACUACCACCUGGGCAGCCUCGCCCUGUCCGACCUGCUCAUCCUGCUGCUGGCCAUGCCUGUGGAGCUGUACAACUUUAUCUGGGUGCACCACCCCUGGGCCUUCGGUGACGCUGUGUGCCGCGGCUACUACUUCCUUCGCGAUGCCUGCACCUAUGCCACUGCCCUCAACGUGGCCAGCCUGAGCGUGGAACGCUACCUGGCCAUCUGCCACCCCUUUAAAGCCAAGACCCUCAUGUCCCGCAGCCGCACCAAGAAGUUAAUCAGCGCCGUCUGGCUGGCCUCUGGCCUCCUGGCUGUGCCUAUGCUCUUCACCAUGGGCCAGCAGAACCGCAGUGCCGACGGCCAGCACCCAGGCGGCCUGGUAUGCACACCCAUUGUGGGCACUGCCACAGUCAAGGUCGUCAUCCAGAUCAACACCUUCAUGUCCUUCGUGUUCCCCAUGGUGGUCAUCUCCUUCCUGAACACCGUCAUCGCCAACAAGCUGACCGUGAUGGUCCGCCAGGCUGCUGAGCCGGGCCAAGUGUGCACCGUCGGGGACCAGCACAGCUCCUUCAGCAUGUCCAUCGAGCCCGGCCGGGUCCAGGCCCUGCGCCACGGCGUCCGGGUCUUACGUGCCGUGGUCAUCGCCUUCGUGGUCUGCUGGCUGCCCUACCACGUGCGACGCCUCAUGUUCUGCUACAUUUCAGACGAACAGUGGACCCCGUUCCUCUACGACUUCUAUCACUACUUCUACAUGCUGACCAACGCCCUCUUCUACGUCAGCUCCACCAUCAACCCCAUCCUCUACAACCUCGUCUCCGCCAACUUCCGCCAGAUCUUCCUGUCCACCCUGGCUUGUCUCUGUCCCCUGGGGGGGCGCAGGAGGAGGGGGCCAGCCUUCUCGAGGAAGGCCAACAGUGUGUCCAGCAACCACACCUUCUCCAGCAACGUCACCCGGGAGACAUUGUACUAG